UCAACACAAGGCGGUGCGGGAGCGUCGCCUUGCUCAGCGAAACCGCGCGUAAUGCUCCGAGGAGGAGGAUGCUGGAUCGUGAAGGGGCGGCCGACAUGCGACUGGUCCAGCAGAUCGGCGCGGGCAUGAAGAUCCAGGGAGGCGGCGAGCACGUUGGUGGCUGCAGCAAGGUGGGAGACGGUCAGGAUAGCCCAGUCGUGUGCUUGCAAUGUCAGGAUGAGGUGGUGCGGGUCUGUUCGCGCAGUCCCCGCCGCGCCUACACGACGCGCCUCUCCUCCGGAUCCGCAGACCGUGAACCGAGCAGCAGCAGCUACAAUGUCUCUUCUGGAACAUUUUACAGCUGUGUGAGUCAGAUCACCAUUGGGUCCGACCUCAGCGGUCAGGUGGCAGUCGGCUUUUCCCAUUGGAAGAAUCCUGACAAAUUGAGCAGCCAGAAUCUCCCCAGUCCAGACUGUGUUUGCUCUGAGGUCUCGGCGGCCCCGCCCAUCAGCGACCAUCCUGAGCCAGUUUCCUGCCCAGGAUCGCUGUCCAUCAACCCCAUGCCCACCUGCAGUGCCAGUCAGGAGACGCUGUGCGACAGUAGCACAAAUGUGAGUUUAUCUCUUCAUGGAUCUGAGCCCAAGCAGCAGAGCCCCCACCGACACAGAGAGCUGCUGCAGCCCUCGGCCUCUGGCUACCAGCCAGCGGAUAAACCUCUCACUUUCCUGUACUGUGAGAAGGAGGACGUCAUGAAGGAGUCCUCGGCCGAAUCCCUGGACUCCAGCGUUCAAGGCAACUGGCCUCCACUGGCGGUGAAGGACGUUAAGGUUGUGCUACAGAAAGAAAAGUCAGACGGCAUCAGCAGCCCGUCCAGAGAUGAUGACUCCACCCUUCAGAACCCUGGAUCUCACAGCAGCAUCCUCGAUGAAAACAGCAAAUCUCAAUUAGGCAUUCCAGAGGGAAGGAAUAAAUCACCUGGUCUUUGCUUCAGCGAUGGAAAAUGUCUCAUAGACUACAUCCUGGUUUACCGAAAGUCCAGCUCCCAGUCUGAGAAGAGGGAGAUUUUUGAGCGGAAUAUCCGUGCUGAGGGAUUACGCAUGGAAAAGGAGGCUUGUUUAACUAACAGUGACGUGAUCUUCCUGAAACUGCACGCUCCAUGGGAUGUUCUCUGUCGCUAUGCCGAGCUCAUGAAUAUCCGCAUGCCAUUCAGGAGGAAGAUCUUUUACAUGCACAGACGACACAAGUUUUUGAGCAGGAUAGAGAAGCGCAUCAACAAGUUUCGGGGAUGGCUUCCCCGUAAGCCUAUGAAGUUUGACGAUGACACUCUGCCCUACUUGGAGGAGAAUGAAAGCUUUACAGCUCCCUUCAGUCGGUCAAGGAUCCAUCAUUUCAUCAUCCACAACAAAGACACAUUUUUCAACAAUGCCACCAGGAGUCGGAUUGUCCAUCACAUCCUUCAAAGGGUCAAAUAUGAGGAGGGGAAAAAUAAGAUGGGAAUGAAUCGUCUUCUGACAAAUAAUUCGUAUGAGGCCGCUUUUCCUCUUCAUGAGGGCAGCUACCACAGCAAAAACUCCAUCCGAACUCACGGAGCAGAGAACCAUCGGCACCUGCUGUAUGAAUGCUGGGCCUGGUGGGGGGUCUGGUACAAGUACCAGCCACUGGACCUCAUCAGGAGGUAUUUUGGUGAGAAAAUUGGCCUGUAUUUUGCGUGGCUUGGCUGGUACACAGGGAUGCUGUUUCCUGCUGCUGUGGUUGGUCUCUUUGUGUUUCUAUAUGGGAUUUUCACACUGGAACACUGCCAAGUCAGCAAAGAAAUCUGCCAGGCCACCGACACCAUCAUGUGUCCAAUAUGUGACCAGUACUGCCCCUACCUGAGACUCUCAGACAGCUGCAUCUAUGCCAAGGUCACACACCUUUUUGACAACGGCGCAACUGUUUUCUUUGCUGUAUUCAUGGCCGUGUGGGCAACAGUCUUCCUUGAAUUUUGGAAAAGACGAAGAGCUGUCCUGGCAUACGACUGGGAUCUUAUUGACUGGGAGGAAGAAGAGGAUGAAAUAAGACCCCAGUUUGAGGCCAAAUACUCCAAGAAGGAAAGGAUGAACCCCAUAUCUGGAAAGCCGGAGCCUUACCAGGCCUUUACUGAAAAAUACAGUCGCCUCCUUGUCUCAUCAUCUGGAAUAUUCUUCAUGAUACUGGUGGUGAUUGCUGCUGUGUUUGGCAUCGUGAUUUACCGUGUGAUAACUGUCAGCACCUUCGCCGCAUUCGGUUGGGCACUCAUCAGGAACAACUCUCAGGUGGCAACUACAGGCACCGCCGUUUGCAUCAACUUCUGUGUCAUUAUGUUGCUCAACGUGGAAGACUGUUGCUGGAAGACGAAGCUUUAUGAAAAAGUUGCUCUUUUCCUCACUAAUUUAGAGCAGCCAAGGACCGAGUCAGAGUGGGAGAACAGUUUUACCUUCAAGAUGUUUCUUUUUCAGUUUGUCAAUCUCAACAGCUCAACUUUCUACAUCGCCUUCUUUCUGGGAAGAUUCACUGGUCGGCCAGGCGCAUACCUACGCCUCAUAAAUCGCUGGAAACUGGAGGAAUGCCAUCCCAGUGGUUGUCUGAUCGAUCUCUGUAUGCAAAUGGGCAUCAUUAUGGUACUUAAACAGACGUGGAACAACUUCAUGGAGCUUGGCUACCCCCUCAUUCAGAACUGGUGGACUCGACAGAGGUUAAAGAGAGAGCACGGCCACAUCCCUAAGGCCAGCCUCCCCCAGUGGGAGAGGGACUACAACCUGCAGUCAAUGAAUGCAUAUGGACUCUUUGAUGAAUACCUCAAGAUGAUUUUGCAGUUCGGCUUCACCACCAUCUUUGUGGCUGCAUUUCCUCUGGCUCCCCUCUUGGCGCUGAUCAACAACAUCAUUGAGAUCCGUUUAGAUGCCUACAAGUUUGUCACACAAUGGCGGCGACCUCUGCCGUCACAAGCCAAAGACAUCGGAAUCUGGUAUGGCAUUCUGGAGGGUAUCGGCAUCCUGUCUGUCAUAACCAAUGCCUUUGUCAUUGCCGUCACCUCGGAUUUCAUCCCUCGCCUCGUCUAUGCCUACAAGUAUGGUCCGUGUGCUGGCCAGGGUCGAGCCGGGGAGGGGUGUAUGAUUGGUUACGUAAACGCCAGUCUGUCCGUCUUCCGAGUUUCUGACUUUGAGAAGAGAUCCCAGCCGAGAACAGAUGGCUCGGAACUUUUUGAAGAAGCUGUGAAGUACUGCAGGUAUCGGGAUUACAGGGAGCCUCCGGACUCAGCUGAGCAGUACACCUACACUCUACAGUUCUGGCAUGUCCUGGCAGCCCGGUUGGCGUUCAUUAUUGUUUUUGAGCAUAUGGUCUUUGCCAUUAAGACCCUGAUUGCGUAUCUAAUCCCGGACCUACCGAAGGACCUGCGUGACAGGAUGCGCCGAGAGAAGUACCUGAUCCAGGAGAUGAUGUAUGAGGCGGAGCUGGAGAGACUCCAGAAGGAGAAAGAUGAGAAGAAGAAGAAAGAGAGGCCCCACCAUAAGGAAUGGCCGUGAAUGCAACUGUCUGGCUCCCAGCUGAUGUUUUGGCUCAACAGUGGAGGAGGAGAACCAAUACUUCUGCAUGUACUGGACCGUCACGUCUUCCUCCUGCCAUGUCAGACCAGCACCUCUUGUUGGAUGGUUGCAGAACGGCAUUCUACUCAUCUCAUGGGACUUUUAGUAACAAAUUUUGCAAUUUCCCCCUCUUAUUCAGACGUUUGGCUUCAGCUCUUGAAUGUAGAUUUCAAGCCAGAAUAAACUGCUCUGCGGAGGGUAACAAACGAUAAACCUUGUUUACAUUUCUCCUUGUUUUAGGAGUUUACUCUUUGCUUUCUUGUAAAUAAAAUGUUGAAAUGAAUGAAUGUCAUGCUUUACGCUCUGCUGUAGUGUAGUGCAAUACCAAUAAAACAUAGAUGAGAUUUAUUCUA